AUGCAAUCUGUUCUUAUACAUUGUACUACCGAAAAAGAAAAUGACAACGAUCUGCUUUUGAUUCGCCAUUCCGGAAAAUGGAGCGAUGAGAAUUGUUAUGUGGAAUACAACAUUGACGGGAUUGUUUUGAAGGAAUAUGCUUCAUAUUCUGAUUUAGUUAAUGUGAUUUCCGUACAAUUGAACAUUGAUCUUACAAAGAAGUGUAUGAAGAUUAUAUACACUAUCGAAGGUGACGACACGCCUAUGGAAAUACGUAACGACAUGGAAACUUCUAUUGAAAGUGAUGUGUUGCAACUUGAAUACAAUAAAGAAUUAAAUAGUGAGGAUGAUCCAUUAGCAAUUGUACCAGCAUUUGGCGAUCAAACAGUAGAUGCAUUUGAUGUUGAAAAUGACUUAAUAAUCACGAACAGAUCGCAAAAGGAGAUAAUGGUGGAUCAGAUAUACAUGGAUAAGUCGACAUUGAAAGAUGUGAUGGAAAAAUAUUCAAUCGAAAAAAGGUUUAAAUUCUUGGUGGAGAGGUCAAACUCUAUUAGCUAUACUCUUGUAUGCCAAUCUAAAGAAUGCACGUGGUUAAUGAAAGCGUCAAGUAUUAACAAGUCGAAAAUGUUCAGAAUUAGAGUUUUUAACUCUGAACAUACAUGUCCUUUAAAGGAUGGGGUGCAUUCAGAUUGUCGUGCAACAAGUUCGUUGAUUGGAGGAAUAAUAGCACCUAAAUUGAGGAAUCAUAAGAGGAAGUACAGUCCAAAUGAUAUUAAGGAUGACAUUAAGUUGGACUUGGGUAUUGAUAUUAAUUACACGUUGGCAUGGCGAUCAAAGGAGAAGGCAUUAGAAUCUAUCAUGGGGCAACCAGCUGCGUCUUACGGGAAGCUACCAGGAUACUUGUAUACGUUGGAUAAGACGUAUCCUGGUUCACAUAUACGAAUGAAGAAAACACCUAAUGACGAAUUUUUGUAUGUUUUUAUAGCGCUGGAUGCUUUUAUAAAGAAAUUUGAUCAUUGCAGGCCAAUUGUUGUUGUAGACGCCAGCCACCUCAAAUCAGCAUACACUGGUGCAUUCGUAUCAGCCAACACUAUGGAUGGAGCAGGGUUGAGCAGUUUGAAGAAUUACUUGGAGAUGGUUGAAUAUGAGAAGUGGGCAAAAUUGUAUGCACCAGUUCCUCAUGGUUGGGUUAUGACAUCGAAUAUUGCAGAGUACAUCAAUUCGACGUUAGUAGCAGCAAGAGAAUUACCAAUAUUUGACUUUCUUGAACAAGUUGCCCCGUCAACUGAUUACGUUUAUUCCGUAAGUGAUGAAGGGAAGAGUUAUAUUGUAUGCUUGGAAAAAAAGACUUGCAGUUGCAACAUGUUUCAAGUUGACGGUAUACCGUGCUCACAUGCAUGGAGUGUGUUGAAUAAAAAUCGCAUGCUUCAGGAAGAAUAUUGUUUAGAUUUUUAUAAGCGAGGAACAAUAUUGAAAACAUAUGAAGUCCCUGUAUAUCCUCUCCCUGACAAAAGUGAAUGGAACAUACCUGAACACAUUGCUACCGAAGUUGUGUUGCCACCAAAAUUCAAGCGACCUCCAGGAAGGCCAAAAAAGCAACGUGAAAAGUCAUUAUGCGAGCUGAGCAAAAGGAAGGGUACCAAUUCUUGUAGUACAUGUGGACAACAAGGUCAUAAUAGGCGUUCAUGUCGAACUGCAACACGAAAUGCAUAG